CAGCCUGUGGUUACUUGCAUCUCUCCUUCUGUCCCGCCGCUUGUGCUCUCGCUUUACUGUGUUUGUAUCGUCGUGUGUAACCAGAGAACUGUUUCUUGUGCCUGCCGUCCGGGGAAGUCCAGGUGAAGGUGUGGGUGUGUUACUGGCUUGUUACACGCGCAGUAGCUCAAAUCGCUACGUGUUUGGAAGGAAUGACUUCUGAUGUUCCUAAAUGCUGGUUGUAAAGGAACAUGAACUGAGUGUCUUAGUGAUGAAGGAAUACCUUGUAUUCGAUGUCACGUGCUUGUAGAAAGGAACAUCAGCUUGUAACAUUCGAUGCUCUGUGCUUGUGGUAAAGAAACACUCACUGCAUCCUGCUCCUCUCCACUGAUGUGACAUAGAACUGUUCAAGUGACGCUACAACUUCCUAAAAGCUGUGCCGAAGAUUUACUUCCUAGGAGGAAACUGUUCUGUGUUAUGUGUGCUUCUAGGGUAUCAAGGUAGCACCCGCCUCUCGCCCCCACACGCUGCUUCUCACGCCCUGCUCUCCGCGCCGCCGCGUCACUAACACCGCCACCCCCUCGCCGGCUGCCUUGAGUAAUAUAACACCAAGUUAUUCGUGUAAAGGGAACACCCCAUUUGCAGACGAGCUAAGGCGCUGCAGUUAAAGGCUCACAAGGAUGGACCAGACAAUAAUGGGCGGGGGUGGUGUGACCUUCCCUGUAACAACCAGCGGGAGCAUGAUGGCGCUCGGCUCCUCUCUGGCCACCCUCGCCCCCCUGGAGCCUUCCAGGACCUCCCCAUACCCAGGACUCCUCCCAGGAGCAGACUGGGGCUUCCUGGAGACAACGGACAUCACCAGAGACUAUGGCGGCCUCUUCUCCUCGUCGCUGGUGGAGUACGGUCUCCCGCCCAUUCUUCCCCGUACGCCCACACCGCAUGAAAUACUCCAUCCCACCCAUGACCUGACCUACGCCGCCCACUAUUCCACCCCUGCAGAGUACCCGGCACCUCUCACCCCUGAAAGCGACCAACCCUCGGACGGCAGCGGCUCCCCUACAUCCUCUCCGCACUCCACUCUCCACGCCCUGCCACACUUCGCCCCCGCCGCCCACUACACGCCCACUUCGCAGCCCCACGCCUCGCAUCUGCACCAGGGACACGCUACGACCUACAGCACCCUAUCUCCCCCAACGGACGACCUCGCGACCCUCACCUCAGUCCUGCCCAGCUCCGUGCCCUGCCAGGAAAGCCAGCAAACGCCCGCCCUCAGCCCGCUCCUUCCCAUUGCUUCCAGUAACGUCGGGGAGAUGGGCUUCGGGGGACUUACAGGGGAUGUCCUCACCUCCUUAGGCUCCCUGGUGUCUGAACCCCGCAAUGAAGUCCCUCAGGAUGCUACUGAAGCCACAGAGGAGACGCUAAAAGGUGACCUGCUGGGGAAACCACGGAAGGAGCGCACGGCCUUCACCAAGCACCAGAUCAGGGAGUUGGAGGCGGAGUUCCAGCACUCUAACUACCUCACUCGUCUCCGCCGCUACGAGAUUGCCGUCUCGCUCGACCUCACCGAGAGACAGGUAAAGGUGUGGUUCCAGAAUAGACGCAUGAAGUGGAAGCGGACUAAGAGCGGCCAGCUUGCUAUGAAACGACAGCAGCAGCAACAACUGGAGCAGCAGCAGCAACUCGAACAGCAGCGACUGGAACUAGAACAGCAGCAACAACAGCAACAGCAGCAGUAUGAGAGUAAACAAGCACAACAGCAGCAGGUGGAGAGUGACGCUAAACCUGAGUACCAGCAAGCACCGCCACAGCAGCAGCAGCAACAGCAGCAGCAGCAGCAGCAGGAAGGCACGAGCCGCGACUCCUGCAGCAGAACCAAGACCACCUGCACCUUAGCAACACACGUGGACAACACCAGCAAGACAAACACUGAAGAAGGCGUCCCCCAUGACCCGGUACUUCCACACCAUGGGGUUAUGAACCCCUCCCCGCCACCCCAGGUCCUCCCUGCUGCUGAGCUAGGACAAGGCACCCUCCAGGAGUCCUAUCAGGGUCUCCACCACGCCCUCACUCCUUCAGCGCCUCCCAAUAUGGCAGUGACCUCCCUCCCUGGGGCCCUGGAGGACGCCGGUUCCUACUCGGGCCUUCAGGACAACUUACGGGAAUCGAACUCGUAUCUAGCGGAUGGAGAGUGAUGCCCAAAGAGUCGCCAGACCGAUUUCUUAGCUAUCCUGCAAUUCUCUGAUGAGUGUAUGUGCGAGCGCGCGUGUGUGCAUGGGUGAGCGUUUGUACCACUAAACCAUAUUUAUUGAUACCCUAUUUACUACACUUUUUUCACUUUUCUAUUGGUAAUUGUAUUCUGUACAUGAUUCUCAAGUAGCCUGACAGGAGGCGCUGAGUCCCGCGUCUCCUCACUUCUUGACACUUCGGGUGCGGCGCAGAAAAAUAAUGUAUAAGACUCAUCAGUUCAUUACACACCAUAAUCUGUCAAACUGCGUGUGUUUAUUAGCCCGCCAGAUCCCAUCGCAAGAGUCAGCAGGGAGCGAGAUGCGGGAGGAAGCCCUGAAAGUACUUAAUGAUAAUAGUAAUUCUAGUAACAAUAACACAACGCGUCCAGCUUGAGCCAAAGACGCCGCGCAACACCCGUGUCCAGCAACUAAUACUGACAAGCUUGCCGGGACGCCUUACCAUGGUGACACUAAUACACGGAGCAGGUGUUUCUGUUUAUCAUCUCUAGCAUUCAAUCCAAAGGUAAAUUAAGGUCAAUACUCAACUGUAUGCCAAGUUCAUUCUCAAUAAUGGAUUUCAAGACUAGAUGAUUUGACUGUAUGCUGUAGAGAUUUUUUCCCUCUCUCUUUUGGCUGAAUAAUAGCUUAAUAUUUUCCUUCUGCAAUAAAAUAGAAUGUAU